AUGGAGAACAAGGAGUUGUAUGACAACGAUACGUCCACACGGGGUUCGGCAGAAUUUGAUUUUACCAUACGCAUGACGCUGGGAUUUCUUUAUAGUUUCAUGAUUCUGCUGACAGUUGUUGGUAAUUUUCUUGUAGUAGCUGCUGUUGGAUUUUACCGGCGUAUGAGAAACUGCACAAACUACAUCGUGAUGAGCUUAGCAGUGGCCGACCUCACCGUCGCUUUCCUCGUCAUGCCGUUCUCGCUUAUGUACGAUAUAUUCGGUAAAUGGCCAUUUGGAUGGACUUUCUGUUACUUUUGGAGGUCAUGUGAUGUAAUGUGCUGUACGGCGUCCAUUCUUCAUAUCUGCUGUAUUGCUCUGGAUAGAUUUUGGGCUAUCAUCAACCCCCUGAAUUACAGGAACAAAAUGACCAAUCGUAGAUUGUGUGUGAUGAUAUCAUCUUCUUGGGGCUGCAGUAUCGCUAUUUCCUUUGUGCCCAUAUAUCUGGGUUGGUUCACCGACGACCUCAGUACUCUGUACAAAGACAUGGAUAAUUGUGAUCUCACUGUCAACAUCGUGUAUGCCAUUCUCUCCUCCUGUACUUCCUUCUUUAUCCCCUUCACUUUUCUCACCGUGGCAUACGCCUACAUUCUCCGGAUCGCCAAGCGGCAAGCCCACGCCUUAAAACUACAGGAGUCGGCCGUGUAUGUCCGGCAAGACGGCACCAUUAAGAUGAAGCAGCAGUUUAACCGACGCCACACCCGUGACAACAAGGCCAUUCAGACACUGGGAAUUAUAAUGGGCAUAUUUAGCGUGUCUUGGUUACCCUUUUUCCUCAUGUACAUCAUUAUGCCAUUCUGUCCGAGCUGCCAGCUGUCGUUGUUACAGGUCUCCUUGAUCACGUGGUUAGGGUAUGCUAAUAGCUGUAUGAACCCCUUUAUAUACGCUUACAUGAAUCGCGAUUUUCGGGCAGCUUUUAAGAAGCUUAUAUUUUGUGACGUUUCAGGCAAGCACCGUAGCUAUCAAGACAGCAACACGAGCCUUUGA